ACCUUGAAUGCUGACCUGCUUUGAAUGCAAAUUUUCUCAUGACAGUACAUUUGGUGAAUAAAGCAGAGCUCCUCCUACAUAAAGACUUCAGUUCUAAGGUCAUUUGAAAUUCAUUAAGCUAAGAAGCUGUUCAUUGAGAGAGAUUUCAGUGAUAGUGCAGAAGAAUUUGAUUGUAACUGGACACAUUACUCACUUACAAGUGGAAACUUCAAGGUAUUAAAUCUUAGAGAAAUGGCUUUUAUUCAUGUGACUAUCAGAUGUCUAUAUACUCUUCUUAUUUGCACAGCAUUUGGCUCUGCUUUGUCUUCAAAUGCCGAGAUAAAAGUUAAUCCUCCUCAAGAUUUUGAAAUAGUGGACCCUGGAUAUUUAGGUUAUCUCUAUUUGCAGUGGCAACCUCCACUGUCUCUGGAUAAUUUUAAGGAAUGCACAGUAGAGUAUGAAUUAAAAUACCGAAACAUUGAUAGUGAAAGCUGGAAGACGAUCAUUACUAAGAAUCUACAUUACAAAGAUGGGUUUGAUCUUAACAAAGGUGUUGAAGCAAAAAUACAUACACUUCUGCCAGGGCAAUGCACUAAUGGAUCAGAAGUUCAAAGUUCAUGGUCAGAAACUACUUAUUGGACGUUACCACAAGGAAAUCUGGAAACUAAAAUUCAGGAUAUGGAUUGUGUAUAUUACAACUGGCAGUAUUUAUUCUGCUCUUGGAAACCUGGCAUGGCUGUCCAUUUUGAUUCCAAUUACAACUUGUUUUACUGGUAUGAGGGCUUGGACCAUGCAUUACAGUGUGCUGAUUAUAUCAAGACUAAUGGAAAAAAUACUGGAUGCAGAUUUCCCUACUUGGAGUCAUCAGACUAUAAAGAUUUCUACAUCUGUGUUAAUGGAUCAUCAGAAUCCCAAUCUAUUCGACCCAGCUAUUUUAUUUUUCAGCUUCAAAAUAUAGUUAAACCUUUGCCACCAGACUACCUUAGUCUUACUGUGAAGAAUUCAGAGGAAGUUAACCUGAAAUGGAGCAUCCCCAGAGGACCUAUUCCAUCACAGUGUUUUAUUUAUGAAAUUGAGUUCACAGAAGAUGAUACUACUUGGGUGACUACCACAGAUGAAAACGAAAUAUACAUCACAAGAACAUCAAAUGAAAGCCACCGAUUAUGUUUUUCAGUAAGAAGCAAAGUGAAUAUUUAUUGCUCAGAUGAUGGAAUAUGGAGUGAAUGGAGUGAUGAACAAUGCUGGAAAGGUGACAUAUGGAAGGAAACCUUAGUAUUUUUCUUGAUACCAUUUGCUUUUGUGUCAUUGCUUGUUUUGUUAAUAACUUGUCUGCUUUUGUAUAAGCAAAAAAAAUUGCUGAAAAUGAUUUUUCAUACAAAAAAAGAAGCCUUUUCUCAUCAGGAUACACUCUGUUGACUCAAUAAAUACCAGUCUUACAGCCAAAUCUCAAAUAUGAGUUCUAACCAAACAGAAUUUUUUUCUAAAUGUUGAAUAAAUCUUAUUUUAAAA